UCUUCCGACAUUUCAAUUUUCGACUUUUCAAAACCACAGCCACCGUGGUCUGUCAGAUUGACUACCGAACCCGACUUUCGGCGCCCUGGUUGUACAUAUGAACCGACUGCCAGCACCGACUCGCCUGCCCGUUCAACUGGGCGUCCCUUUUCGACUCGUUUGAGUUUUUUCAAUUCGUUUGAAUUUUCGCCUGCAGCCAAGUGCACCAUGGGACAAGACGACCUCCCGUCGCUCCUCCUCCUCCCCUUUCCUCCCAAUCCCCUCACCCGCCCUGCACUCGAUGCUGCCUAUAAGCCCUCCCUCACCCAUGCCCUCGAGAAGUUGAAGCGAUCAGGUGGCACCAGACUCGUGGUCGGAGUCGUGUGUCCCAUCCUUCACGGGCAAUUCCUGGAGUCCAAGACUCUCUCAUGGCCCGAAGCUCAGGCGCUGCUUGCCGGCAUGUACAGCCUCAUCUCCCUUGUUUGCGACCAGCUCUCCAUUGGCACCGAGAUGGACGGUGGACCGGGCUCGGUCGACACUACCGUCGUUCUCAUUGACCACGACCGCAACAAGCGCUUCCCACCCAACUUCCGCCCUGCUAUUGAGACCAACAACACCAUCAUUGUUGACAUGGCCACCUUCGCCUCUGCCUACUUCCCCUGGAACUCCAUCUUUCAAGUUAGGAGCGAACUUGGAUUCCAGCUGCACCGCACCUACCUCGAACUUGCCGAGGGAAAACAGACAUUGCGGCAGAGCCAGCUUGUCCUGAUCGACGGAGGGCUGACCUUGCACAUCGCUCAAGCCGACCAGAGCUUGCCGACACAGACCCCUACCUACCCAGUGGUUUGCCUUGGUGGCACGUUUGAUUACCUGCACCCGGGGCACAAGCUUCUUCUCACGGCCGGCGCACUGCUGCUCCAGGUUCCGCCGAGGGGUGAAGCUGCGAAGCCGUGUCGGUACAUCAUCGGAAUCACAGGCGAUGAGAUGUUGCGGAACAAGAAGUAUGCCGAGUACAUUCAGCCGUGGGAGACGCGGGCGCGGAACGUCAUGUUCUUCUUGGCCCAGCUGCUCAGGCUUUCCAGCCGUGGAUGGAAGGAUGGCACCCGACCGCAGAUUGAGGAGAAGGACGGCAAUUUUACAGCGACGUUCAGAGACCGCACAAUCGAGGUGCAGUGCGUGCGCAUCCAAGAUGCGUUCGGGCCGACCAUCACAGUCGAGGAGAUUGAUGCACUGGUUGUCUCCAAGGAGACGAGAUCUGGCGGGCAGGCUGUCAAUGAGAAGCGGGCUGAGCGCGGCUGGCGGGCUCUCGCGGUGUAUGAGGUCGACGUGCUCGAUGCUAAGGAGGCUCCCGAUGAGCCAGUCGAGACAGAGGACUUUGCCUCCAAGAUCAGCAGCACUGCCAUCAGGCAGCAACGGGCUCAGUCGAAGAUGGAGACAAAGGUGUGAAUCACGGAGUCAACCCGGGUCUCAAAGGGCUGUGUC